UUGUUCACCCAGCCCAACACUGCACUGGGACAGUCCAGGUCAGAUUGGAGCUGAUGUAAAUAUAUUUCGGUACAGCAUUGAAUAUAGGGAAGAACCGUCAGUUAAUUUCAACAUGAAAGGUGGAUUAUGGGAGGAAGUUAAGACAACAGACACACAAUGUCACUAUUGUUUAAAGGGACUAAAACCCACGACCGUCUACCGAGUGCGAGUGUCUGCUGACUGUGGUGAAACAGGGUCUAGUGAAGCAAGUGAGGAGGUUUCAAUAAAAAUAGGAAACACACCAAUCACAAUAACCCGGAAACAUCGCACAGACACACAAUUAAUAUCCAAAGGAAACCCUUCCAUUUACAAGCUCAAACUACAGGAGGAGGUAGCUGAUAAAGUCAAACAGCUUGUGAAAUGCUCCUUCGGAAAACCCACCUCAAAAUACACAAUGAAGACAAUUAUGGUUCUGGGAGCAACUGGCACAGGAAAGACAACCCUCAUCAAUGGCAUGAUCAACUACAUCUUGGGCGUGGAAUGGGGAGACAACUUCAGAUACAAGUUAAUAGCGGAAGAGACAGGAAAAUCCCAGGCUGAGAGUCAGACAUCCUCCAUCACUGCCUACCUGCUGCACCAUCAGGUAGGAUUUAACAUUGAUUACUCUCUGACGAUCAUUGACACGCCAGGAUUCGGUGACACCAGGGGCAUCAGCCGGGAUCAACAUAUCACUGAGCAAAUCCGUGAGUUCUUCACUUCCCCGCAGGGUGUUGAUCAGAUUGACGCCGUGUGUUUUGUUGCUCAAGCCUCCCUGGCUCGCCUGACUCACACACAGAAAUACGUCUUUAAUUCGAUUCUUGCUAUUUUUGGCAAAGAUAUUGCAGAAAACAUUCAGAUCCUGGUGACUUUCGCAGAUGGACAGCCUCCCCCCAUCCUGGAUGCCCUGAAAUUAGCUGAGGUACCGUGUCCCAAAGACACAACGGGUCUGCCAGUACACUUCAAGUUUAACAAUUCAGCAAUUUUUGCCCAGCAUCCGACCUCUGGAAACUAUGGCAACGAGUGCAGAUCCCAUGACAGCGGAGUAGGGGGAGAGAACGAUGAUAACUUUGAUGCAAUGUUUUGGAAGAUGGGAGCAAACAGUAUGAAGAAAUUCUUCACAGCUCUGAACACAAUGGAAACUAAAAGUUUGAGUUUAACCAGAGAGGUUCUGAAGGAACGUAAGCAGCUGGAAGUUGCAGUGGAGGGAUUGCAGAUCCAGAUCCGAGCUGGUCUCACCAAACUGGAAGAACUCAGGAAAACGGAACAAGCUCUGAACCAACACCAGACCGAGCUGGAUGCAAAUAAAAACUUUGAAUACGAGAUUGAAGUUACAGAUCCAGUACAGGUGGAUAUUAGCGGGAGAGGUAAUUAUAUAACCAACUGUCAGAAGUGUUUCUUUACCUGCCACUAUCCCUGCGGCAUUCCUAACGAUGAUGAUAAACGUAAAUGUAGUGCAAUGGACAAACAAGGGAACUGCAAGAUCUGUCCAGAAAAGUGCAUCUGGAAUGUUCACUUCAACCAAAAGUACAAGUUUGAUUAUGUAACGAAAAAGGAGAAGAGGACAUACAGUGAGUUGAAAGAAAAGUACGAGAAGGCCUAUGGCGCGAGGAUGACCCAGCAGAAUGUUAUGGAAUCACUUAAGCGGGAGUUUGCUGAUGUGGAGUGCACAGUUCUGGUGCUGAUUGAUCAAUUAUCUGGCAGCAUUAGACGACUUGAAGAAAUAGCUCUGAGGCCAAACCCAUUAUCCACCCCAGCUUACAUUGACCUCAUGAUUCAGUCUGAGAAAGAAGAGGCGAAGCCCGGGUUCGUGGAGCGAAUUCAGACACUGAGAGAAGUAAAGGAACGGGCAGAGUUAGUACAAAAGGUAGCAAAUAAUGAGAAACUGCUACCAGGGGGGUCGAAGGGUGGUCCAAUAGUUGGGAAACAUGCUGGAAAAAAGACUGAAGGAAAAUUUUCUAAAAUAAUAAAUUGGUUCACAUCCAAUAAGUAGAUGAUAACCAUUCCAACUGUUCCCAAUAGAGGGUGCAAAUGUUUCCCUCAGCCCAGAAACAAUCCAUUCUUUUAAUUCCCCCUCCUUCUCCUGCCUCACCAUCCCACAGCCUUUCACACCACAC